UCCGUGUUGCCGGCAACUAAGUACCUAGGUAGUUACGGAUACUCCGCCGCGGUUCGGGCGGCAAUCAUUUCCGGGGCUCAAGCGACGAUGGCGACCGGACGAUCACUGCGUCCUGUAGCACCGCAGCUACGCCUGCUCUUCAUAGCACUUGCAUGCGCAUCUACAGUCUGCGCCAGCUCGCAGCCAUUCUGGCCAGCCGAGACGGCGGCUGCGGUCGCGAAGCGUCAGGGAUGCCGACCGGACUUCUUCAGCUGCGCCAACAUGGGCGCCGUCUUCAACGACAUCUGCUGCCAAAACGGCCAGAGAUGCGCCCUGGACGCCAAUAACAACCCGGCCUGCUGCCCCACGAACGCGGUAUGCACCGGCACGGCACCAGCAAGCUUGACGACCCCCGGCCCGGCCGCAACCACGGCCGUCUCCUACGUCCCUAACCCGUACUUCUCGUUCCCGUACGUCGCCACCUACUUCGCCAACCCGGGCUUCUGCUCCGCCGCGGUCAGCCAGUGCAGCGCCAACUACGCUGCGUGCACCGCGCAGCUGGAAGGGCAAGGCAGUGCCGGCGGCGGCGGAGGCUACGCCGUCACCAUCGUCGUUCCGGGCGGCGGCGGGGUCACGGUCACGGCGGCGGCAAGUACCACCGUGGAUGCUGCUAGCGCCACGAGUAUCUGCAACAGUUUGUCCAGCGUGGCUUGCGGUGGCCUCCAAUCCAGCAUGUGCACCAUGACCGGAACCACGGCCAGCGGGUUCUACUUCGGCACCGAUGCCGGGAAUGCUGCCGCGAGACCGACGGCGGCCGCAGCCGCCUGUGCCGGGUUGGCUGGUGCUGUUGUGGCUUGUAUUGCCGGUCUGGGCAUCGCCUCCUGAUGGGUUUUUUAAAGCCGAGUGGUGAUGGGAAUCUGCUUGGUCCUAUCGACGGCUCGGACUCCGUGACUGGCGUUCUGGGAUUGUUGGUUCGGGAGAA